UCCCAUGUGGAAGUAAGGCAUAAAAAAACGUCAAAAAAAUGAUCCAGUUGUUUAUAUACCAUGCACGAGAGUAGUGUCACAAAUCCAUCAGUACAUAAUAAAUCGUCCCACACCUUUUGAGCACCGGUUGAAUCCCAGUGAAUCCCUGAAAAUCCCUGAAAAUGGUGCGUGUAAUACCAGUGCACAAUUUUCUGUCGCAGAAUGUGGGUCAGAUCGAUGAGCCAACUGCAUCCUGUACAGCUAAUGUCCAGGGUCAGGAUAUGCUUCUGCUUGCCCUAUCAUCCCACUGCGUCAAGGUCUACGGAUUAGCUUCAUCCCAGUCAAAACUCCUCACUGUAUUUCCCACUGUCGACUCUGUCAAUCAAUUACUCCACUCCGACAAAGGCAAUUACGUUGCCACCUUGGAAUCAAAGAACUCGCGAGACGGAACAACGACUAAUAAUUUUGUACGCAUUUACGUUAAUUGGGAGAUGUCUGGUAAUCAGAAUCAAGCAAUGAGGGCUAGGAUAGCCGGACGAGUCACGCCUAGUCUCAAUCGCACCCUGAACAGCCUCGAAAUGAUAGAACUACCCCUGAAUUCCCAACCAACCCACAUCGCCUGUUGUCAGACCACGGGAAAUCUCCUGGUGGUGAUGGAGCGCGAGGCUGUCAUUCACGAGCUCAAAGUCGAGACUCAACAGUUGUCGAAGCAAAAAUUCCUCGACUUCGAGGUGAGACCCUGGUCCCUCAAAUUCACAUUCUCCCCGAGUCACGUACAAAUCGCCGAGGAAUUUAUUACCGUCAUGAAUUCCACGAGCUUCAUGAUAUUCAAAUUAACGAAUCAAUUCAACGAUGACAUGAUGAACAACGUCGAGAGCAUUAACAACACGAAGAACACGAAAAAACGAAUGAAUCAAAACGCUAAAAUUGCGAUGCAGGACUUGGACAGUUCUGACACUGAUAAGAGGCUCAAUAAAAAACGAAAUUCCCAGACGAAAUCAAUAAUUGACUACAAAAAAUCGGUCAUCAACGAGAGAAGUUUCAUCGACUGGGACCAGCUAGUCUCCAAAGAAGGAGAAGAACUGGAACGACUGGAACUGUUGAAGAUCAUCGACCCGGCAUCGAAGGAUUUUAAUAUAAUUCUGGAUUCAGUAUCCUCUGACACACCAGAGAAUUCUCAGAGCUUGGACCCUCCAGUCGUGCCAGCUCCAGAGAUCUGUGCAACGAUCACAACGAGUUCCAAUGAAGACAGUUGGUCGGAAAACUACAUAAUCGAGCACGUGCUAAGGCUGAAGGUCGUACCGACGUCUGCAGAGGCCACGAAGGACUUCGGCAAUGACUACUUCACCUGUUGCGGCAUGAAGCCCUCCUACUGGAGGUCCAAGACCCUCAAUACAAGACAGAAGAAGUCCCUACUCCGUUCUCAGAAGUAUAAUGUAUUCAACGGAGUCACCUGCAUCGUCUGCACAGCCCAAGAGGGCUAUCUCUACCACUUCUCUCCCUCCAUCAAGGAGGAAAUCACUCAGACUCUAUCCUCUUGCACGAUAUACCCAUUCACCUCACCAGUGAGUCACGUAGCCCUGGAGAACACUGCUCUGCAUGCCCUCACCGAGGCUGGGCUCGAGUCCUACACUCUGCGACUUCCUCACAUGAAGACAAGGACCAACAUCGAGUGUGAAGAUCACAACGAGCCUGAUACCAUCUCUUUAAUCGGAUUGAGGCCAUUCCUGGGGGUUAAAAAGCUUCUUCAAGCAGCCAAAUGCCUGGUGUUACUCGCUUCUGAUCAAGAUAACUGGACUUACUACUCCCUGAUCCUUCCCAAACCUGAAGAUGUCUACUAUGAUAUCCUGAGUGCAGCCAACAACCACAAGGCCUCCAGCCCCUGCACCUACAAGCAUCUCCUUGGUGAGGCCUACACCGUUCUCAAGCUCGCCAAGGACAUGGUGUAUUACUCCUCGGAUGUUGAGUACUCCCGUAACGUCAACGACACCUCCAGGUCUUAUCUGGAUAACUUGUACAGGCAGUCGUGUGGACUUCUCGCAGACUAUUUUGUCUCCUCGACGUUCCCUUACGACUGGAAUUCCUGCAUCAGCUAUUAUAAACUAGCAGGCCUGAGUGCUCCCGAUGUAUUGGGAAGAAAAGACGUGACUAAAGCUUCUGGGGUCAUUGUCUAUCUCUCUGACGUGUUGUUGACCCUGCAGUCUGGAUCCGAGGCUGAUGCUCUCUUUCAGGAGCACAAUAUCGUGGAGAUUCUGGGGAGUGCGGAGAAGGAGGAUCUUCUCAAGCUCAUCGUGGCGAGUCCAGUGUUGAGGGAAUAUGCUACUGAGAAAUUAAUCCAUGUCCUGAGUGGCUGGGAAGCUACGGAUCCCAACCAAUUUGCUCUGGUGCUACUUUACACUCAGGCAGAGAGACAGCAGCUCGCCGAGAAAGCCCUCGAGGGCAUCUCUGAUCGUUACAUCACCGAGGCCACUCUCGCCAAUUGGUCCUGGCUGUUUGACGUCACCAGUGUAAAGAAGGGAAACGUCAUUCCCACGUUCUCGGAUUACGCUGGGAUUUUCAUGAGACAGAGGACGAGAAUCUUUGCAGACGUCAUUGCAAAACUUGUGGCGGAGGAGGCCUUGACGUUGAAUCAAAUGAUUCAAAUUUUCCUGGCCUAUCUGCCUUCCAGGGUUGGCAGAGAUGGGAGACUCGCUGCCGGAGCUCUGCAGCUAUCCCUGGAAACUUAUUUCAAGGGAAUUUAUGUGGAUGGGGAGAGGAAGAGAGAGGAUGCUGGGGAGAAUGAUGUGGCGGUUCUCGAGGGGUUCAAGAUUCUGGUGAGAUCGUACCUGGGGGAGCUGGCGCAGGGCCAGAGUCAGAGGUCUGAGGAGAGAGAAGGAAAGGAUGUACUCUUUGGUAACUUUAGGCCUGAGUUCUUGGAUCAUCCGAUCCUCUAUAAGAACGAUGGUGUCAAGGGCGAGAUCAGACAGGAAGUUAUUAAGCUACAGGCAUUGCUGGCCAGUGGAUAUCUCAGCAAUGAGUGCUACGAGGAGGUCAAGCGGUUCCUGGAGACACAGAGCAUUGAGGGGGGCUUGUCCUUCAAGCUCUUGUGCGUUAGGGAUACUGAAAAGGGAAUUCAGCUGUUGGCGGAAAGGUGUCCGCAAGUUCUGCUGAUGUAUGCCAAAGAUAAAUAUACCAAAGAGUCGGAGUGGAAAUAUUUCGUGCAAUUCUUGAUUCAUAAAAUCAAUGAGUCUCCAGGGGAUCCUCAAGCCUUUACUAUUUAUGACGAAUUAUUAAAAGAUACAGCUAUUUAUAUAGCACAAACCAUGUCGAUGAGGGGUCUGCAGCGUGUACUACCCAACGACAACAGCAUUCCCUCGUUACAACAGUAUAUGGAUAUCAGUAGUCAAGUUGUACACGCUGAUUACAUUAAAACAAUGAUAAUGGGUACUGGUCAGCAUUUACUAACUAAUAUCAAUUUUUAGAUUCUCACUGUGAUGAUUUACAAAACUAAUGUGAUUUUUUCUCAAAAGAACAAACGUUAUUACCUUAGAGAAGUUUUAAA